AUGGAGUUUACGGUUUUUCGGGAUCAAGAGAACGCCAACAACGUUUUGCGCAACAAGGAGAAUAAUGUGCCGCCGAGGGACCAGCAGCCCUCCAAACGACGAUCGGUGCUCGGCGUGCUGAACGCCAAACAGCCCUUCACCAAAAAACCUCUGCCGAAAUCCAAGCCUCAAGGUACCAAUAAAUUUGGUUUUCCUAAUAAAUCAUCAGUGCCAUUUACAAUUCAUGAAGAUCCACAAGUAAAUAAAAAAGCUGCUGCUAGUGAAAACUUGUCAAGAAACAAUGUGGAAAAUCAGAAGCCUCUGCUACUCAAGAAUGAAACUAAUAUCAGUGAAGCAAAAGCCACUCUACCCAAGAUAGAAUUAUUAAAAGAGAGAAGAAAACCAUUGUCUGAUGUAAGCCAAAUUGUUGCACCAUCUGUAAAAACUGAAAUAAAAACCGAUGAUAAAGACAUUAAGGAUAUUGAUGAAUCGGGAGAUUCUAGCAAUGUAUACUCACCCAUGUCCAUUGAUAAUGAUAAGUCUAUACAAAGUACUUGUCAUUCUAUGACUGCACACAGGUUAAGUUGCGAUGUAGACACUUACACAUGCGAGUUAUACUCUUAUCUCAGGGAUGUCGAGAAAUUACAUCGUCCUAAACCUGGAUACAUGAGAAGGCAGCCAGACGUGACGUACAGUAUGAGAGCAAUAUUAGUAGAUUGGUUGGUUGAAGUAGCACAAGAAUACAAGCUACAAAAUGAAACUCUGUACUUGGCUGUGUCAUUUAUUGAUCGUUUCCUUAGUUUAAUGUCAGUGGUCCGUGCUAAACUCCAAUUGUUGGGUACCGCUGCUAUGUUUGUUGCAUCGAAAUAUGAAGAAAUUUAUCCUCCAGAUGUUAGUGAAUUUGUUUACAUAACUGACGAUACUUACACAAAGAAACAAGUACUUAAAAUGGAACAGUUAAUAUUGAAGGUUUUAGGGUUUGAUGUAUCAAAUCCCACUACUGUUAUUUUCUUAACUCACGUUUGUGUUCAUUGUAAUGUUCCAUUGAAAGUUAUGUACUUAGCAAUGUAUUUGGGUGAAAUGAGUUUACUAGAAGCUGAUCCCUACUUAUCAUACACACCUUCAAUAAUUGGCUGUGGAGCUGUUGCAUUAGCUAGAUUAAUAUUAGAUUAUGCAGUUAUUUGGCCUGAAAAUAUGGCUGAAUUAACUAACUACAGUUUAAAUGAUCUGAUACCUGUUCUUAAACAUUUAAACCACACUUAUAAAACCGCUCCGCAUUCCCAACAAUCUGCCAUUCGGUCAAAGUACAAGUCGGCCAGGUAUCAUAGUGUCUCUGAAAUUGAGUACACCGACUUGAUUGUGCCAGAAGAAACUUCUCAAAAAGAAAUGGCAGAGAGACUCAAGUUAGUUGAUGUUCAAGACAAGUCAUGA